AUGAACGUCACAAAUGAGACAAUGACAACAUACUUUAUUAUUAGGGGCAUAUCAGAUGUUCCAGUGCUUCAGCUUCCCAUCUUCCUCCUGGUUCUUCUCAUUUAUCUCCUCACUCUUGGUGGCAAUAAAACCAUUCUACUACUGGUCUGCCUGGAACCUCAGCUCCACACUCCCAUGUACUUCUUUCUGUGUAACCUGUCUAUCAUGGACAUAUCCUACAGUACAGUCUCAUUGCAUAAAGUCCUUAUUAGCUUCCUAACAGGGGAUAAAACAGUCUCUGUACCAGGAUGUAUGUCUCAGAUGUUCAUCUUCACAUCCCUAGUGUGCAAUGAACUGCUUAUACUGACAGCAAUGAGUUAUGAUCGCUACGUUGCCAUCUGCAACCCGUUGCGUUAUUCUGCAGUAAUGAGCCCUGGUGUCUGUGCUGUUCUGGCAGGUGCCUGCUGGACGCUGGGCUUUGUAGCAUCUAUACCUAAUACUAUUGUAAUAUCCAGGUUUACUUGUUAUAAAACAAAAGAAAUAAAUCACUUCUUCUGUGACCUUGUCCCUCUAGUAAAACUUUCCUGCAAUGAUAACUCGCUCUCUGAAUUCCUGAUGUUUAUUUGUGGACUUUUCUUUGCCACCAUUCCCUUUCUCCUCACUUUCAUCCCUUAUGUCUUCAUUGUCCAGACCAUACUGAACAUCCGUACUGGGAAACAGAAAGCCUUCUAUACAUGUUCCUCACACAUCACAGUGGUCAUUCUCCUCUACCUGACCCUCAUCUACCAAUACAUGAGACCAGCAUCCAAGGACACCCUGGAUUCUAACAAGUUUUCCUCACUGUUUAACACAGCUGCUGUCCCCAUGCUUAACCCACUCAUCUACAGCCUAAAAAAUAAAGACGUAAAAUCCGCCCUGAGGCGUCGGUGGUAUCAGAUGACCGCUCAACUGGAAAAAAGAAACAGACUUGCAAUAGAACAAAAAGCACAAAAACACCAAAAAUGCUAG